AUGUAUUUGAAUUGUAACUUGGUUACAAAUAAAAUUUUUUUGUCUAGAGACGUUGUUUUUCAUGAACUAAUUUUCCCUUUCAAAUCUGACAAAGUCAGUUCCCUUUCUUCACCCAUUAGUUCUCCUUCUGACCCCACCAUUCAAGACUUUCCCACCUUUUUAGAUGAUGACAAUAACAUCUCCUCUGUCUCUUUUCCCAACACUGUUUCACCCACUUCUCUUUCUGUUGCUAUUGAACCUGCCACUGUUUCACCCACUUCUUCUUCUGCUUCUGCCGACACUAUUGAUGAUAAUAAUAACUCCUCUUCAUCAACAAUUCCUCCCUCUAUAUCUACUCCUUCAUCCAUUUCUCCUCCCUCUCCUCAGACUACCUCCCAUUUCCUUCGCCGCUCAACUAGACCCCAUAAACCUUCAUCAUAUUUGCAAGAUUAUCAUUGUGCCCUUAUUUCUACUGCUGACCAAUCAUCAAGUCCAGGUUACUCAUCUAAGUAUCCUCUAUCUUCAGUUUUAUCCUAUUCUUCUCUUUCUUCUGCUUACCGUAAUUUUGUCUUAUUUGUCACCUCUACCCCUGAUCCAAAAACAUAUAGUCAAGCUGUUAAACAUUCAAAAUGGAGGGAUGCUAUGACAGUAGAAAUACAUGCUCUAGAACAAAAAUCAGACUUGGGUUUUAACUUCUUUACCACCUGGCAAGAGAACCAUUGGGUGCAAAUGGGUGUUCAAAACUAAGUAUAAAGCUAAUGGUGAAGUUGAGAGAUAUAAAGCCAGACUUGUAGCAAAAGGCUACACACAAAUAGAGGGCAUUGAUUACUUUGACACUUUCUCACCAGUUGCCAAGAUGACUUCUCUUCGUUUAUUGCUCUCCAUUGCAUCUGCAAAAAAUUGGUUCUUACAUCAAUUAGACAUCAAUAAUGCAUUUCUUCAUGGAGACCUACAUGAAGAAGUGUAUAUAGACCUUCCAAAAGGCUUUACACCCUCUUCUCCAAAUCUGGUUUGUCGAUUACAAAAGUCCCUCUAUGGUUUGAAACAAGCAAGUCGAGAAGGGUAUUCAAAAUUAUCAUCUGCUUUACUUUCCUAUGGCUAUGUUCAGUCAGCCUCUGAUCAUUCUCUCUUUUUUAGAG